CUUCUUCAUGUAUCCUUUCAAGAUUGGUAUGAAAUUCCCUUUCUCUUCCUUAGUUAGAGAUUUCCUAGCCUUUGUCAAGGUUUCUCCUUCCCAAGUAAUGCCACAAGUAUGGAGGGUUCUGCGUGGUUUAGAAGUAUUAAGCGAAAAACACAGCAUCCCCUUCUCCUUCGAAGAUCUGGGUUUUACCUAUGAUCUUCGUUCUUCUGGAGCUGGUCGGUUUACCCUGGCUGUCAAAGAUGCUCGCGAGGCGCUGAUAUUGAGGGCGGACAAAGCUAAUGAUCGUGGCUGGAUGAGCCAGUUCUUCUUUGUGCAAAAAGAUUCCCUAAGUUCUGAGGGCGCAUUUCUUGAAGAGAGUUUACACAAAGAUAGGAAGACUAUCCCCUUGAGCUAUGGUCCAGACUCUGAAGGAAGGA